GCAGGCUUCAGCAGUUAAAAACUGCCGUCUUUGUCGGGAUACUUCCAGUCAUUCGCAUAGGAGUAGAGGAGUGCUUCAAAGACAGGAUACUUGUUUCUUUGGGAAAAAAAACUGAAGGGAGAGAAAACGAUAGAUAUGGCGAAUAAAGCACCAGAGCCCCUUCCAUUGCACAUGGCCGAACUCACUGCUACCCAGUUCCUCGAAAUCUGGAAUAAAUUCGAUACCGACGGAAAUGGCUGCAUUGAAGGGAAGGAACUGGAACAUUUCAUUCGUGAGCUCGAGCUAGCAAGGAAAAGUGCAAGUGUGGAUCCUUCAAAUGCUUCGUUCAAAGACAGGAUGAAAGAGUUUAUGCAAAAAUUCGAUGAGAACGGUGAUGGGAAGAUUGAGAUGUCAGAGCUUAAAAUGUUUGACCUGAAUGGUGAUGGGAAACUGGGAUUGUCCGAAAUGGCUAGACUGCUUCCUGUGCAGGAGAAUUUUCUGCUCAAGUUUCAGAAUUUCAAACUAUCUGCUGAAGAAUUUGAAGCAAUCUUCAACUAUUAUGAUAAGGAUGGAAAUGGUUACAUUGAUGAACAUGAACUGGAUGCACUGCUGAGAGACCUCUACCAAAAACAUAAAAUGGUAACUUGA